AUGUCUCAAAAACCGAGACUCCUGUGCCUCCACGGCGGGGGCACCUCCGCCCAGAUCUUCCAGAUCCAGCUCAUCAGGCUGCAGCGCAUCCUCGACGCCCGCUUCGACUUCGUGUACAUCGACGCGCCCAUGGACUCGGCGCCCGGGCCCGGCGUACUCCCCGUGUUCGAGGGGUGCGGGCCCUACCGGCGCUGGGUCAGUGACGACCCCGCGACGCCCGCGGACGAGUUCCAGGCGCAGAAGGACGCCGCCGUGUCGUUCCUCAAGACAUACAUCAAGGAGAACGGCCCCUUCGCCGGGUUCGUCGGGUUCUCGCAAGGCUGCCGCGCAAUCUCGAGCCUGCUGCUCGAGCACCAGCGCGGGGGCGAUGAUUUUAUGGGGCCGGAGGCGAAGCCGUUUGCGCUGUUCAUCUGCGGCACGUUCCCGCCGUUCGUGCCGCACGAGGAGAAGAUCACGGCGCCGACGGUGCACGUGGUCGGGCUGGAGGACCCGUACGAGCCGGCGAGCGAGCAGCUGUAUGAGCAGUGUUCGGAGAAGAGCACGCGGAGGAUUCUGAGGUUUCCGGGGGGCCAUCACCUGCCGACUGCACCGGAGACGAUACAGCAUGUUGCGAACAUGACGUUGAGUGUUUACAAGGAGACGUUGAGGACGUAA